AUGGCUAUCAUGAGCCGUGUAUAUGCCAUUUUGUUGGUUGUUCUUGUCGUCUUGUGCCAAGUCAUUGCUGCACAGUCUGAGAAGACCCCCAUCGGUGACCUCUCGUCUGCAGAGAUCGAAGAACAAAUCCAGCAAUGUCACAUCAUUCAGUCUCUCAAUGCCCACAAGGCUUCAACAGCGCAUGAGACUGCUACAGGCUUCACAGCAAGAGCAUUCGCCGUAUUGUUCCCAGGAUCGCCUGCUGUUAACACACUUUUGAGCGUACUCUACAUUUCUGGACCUCCCAACUUCUUGCUGGCCCUAUGCCCCUCAGACAUUGAUCCGGCAUCUCUGAACACCAUGGUUGCAUUUGCUUUUGGCGGACUCAUGGGCGACACUCUCUUCCAUCUUCUCCCCGAGAUCUUUGUUGGCGAGGACAGCCCAGAGCAUGUGACUCUCGUGGUUGCCGAUGGUAACAAGAACAUUCUGCUCGGAAUUGCUAUCAUGGUUGGCUUUGUCAGUUUUGUCAUUCUCGACAAGGCUAUCCGUAUUGCUUCUGGAGGUGACGAGGGACAUGGCCACUCUCACGGUCACGCCCACGGCAAGAUCGAGGGAGGUGACAAGGCAGCCGCUUCUGCCAAAGCCUCUGGAUCUGAUAGCGGUGCUCAAACUGAUGGUCUCCGUCAGCGUAACGCCGAGAAGUCAAGUACAAAGAAUUCUGUACCUGUAGAGCAACAGGAAAGUGGACCAAGCUCUAACAGAGGUUACUUGAACAUCAUUGCAGACUUCACUCACAACAUUACUGAUGGUCUUGCUAUGGCAUCUUCAUUCUAUGCUUCUCCCACUGUGGGAGCAUUGACAACCACCGCAGUCUUCUUCCACGAGGUUCCUCACGAGGUCGGCGACUUUGCUCUUCUCAUCCAAUCCGGAUUCUCCAAGCGUGCAGCUAUUUGCGCGCAAUUCUUGACCGCAGCAGGUGCCCUCACUGGAGCACUCAUGGGCAUUGCAGUCCAGGAGUACGGCGGCAACAGCGUUGACGCAAUCCCAACUCCCGGACUCUUCGGCACCAGUCUCCACUGGGGUGAUCUGCUGUUGCCUUGGACUGCAGGCACCUUCAUGUUCGUAGGCAUGAGUGUCGUUCCUGAGCUCAUGGAGACUGGUCCCAACAAAGUUGCCGAGAUCAAGAAGAUUAUUACUCAGCUGAUUGCUAUUGCCGCUGGUGCCGGCAUUAUGAUUGCCAUCUCGUGGUCGUAA